AUGACGUCCAACUCGAAACCGACGCAUGCCGUCGCGUCAACGCUGACUUCUGCUGGCACUUAUGAUCCCCACGAGCUACCGGAUUACGAUACCGACUUCAUCCGACGCGAAGAUCUAAAGAGUUUUGCAGAAGCCCUGACUGCCCCCAGUACCGAGCCUGUGACGGCUCUGAAUGACUGGGGUCCAGUACGGCAGCGUGUGAAAAGAAGUCGAGUCCGACGAAAAGCGGCGCCACGGUCCAAGGAUGAAACUCGCGAAGGCUUUGUUUAUACAAUCCUGUACUAUCCGCUGUUGCUCAUUGUCUGUGGUUGGAUAGUGUUUCUCUUCAUCAUUUACAACUUGACCCGCCUCUACAUCUAUGCCUACGAGCACGUGUUUUCAUGGACAGGGGAACGCGAGAGACUGCGCAGACAGCUUCAUCGAGCCACCAAUUACAACGAAUGGCAAGAAGCUGCCCACCGCCUCGACCAGUUUCUGGGGAAUGAGGAGUGGAAGCGCUCCGACCCGUACUCCUAUUACAACCACCAAACGGUGAGAAAGGUCACGGCCCAACUGUCCGAGCUCCAUCAACGGGCUAUAGCCGAGUCCGAAAGAGUCCGUGGUGGUAAUGGUGGUCUCAUGGCUUUGGAUGAGUUGAAGUCAUUACUCGAAAGUUGCGUCAAGAACAAUUUCGUUGGCGUGGAGAAUCCACAUCUAUACAGUGAGACGUAUAUUGGCACGAAGGAUCUGGUCCAAACGUUCGUCGAUCAAGUUGAGCAAAGCCUCCAAUUUGUUCUUGAGAAUAAACACAUUACCGAUCACGAAAAGGUGUCCUUCUUCCGGCAUCUCGAGUUGAACUAUGGGCGCACGGCACUCUGCCUUUCUGGAGGAGCGACUUUUGCGUAUUACCAUUUCGGGGUCAUCAAAGCCCUGCUCGAUACUGGUCAGCUUCCUGAGAUUAUCACCGGUACGUCUGGCGGCGCUCUGGUUGCGGCAUUAGUAGCCACCAGAACGGACGAGGAGUUAAAGAAACUCCUGGUACCGGCACUGGCACACCGCAUCAGAGCCUGUCAUGAGGGGUUUACGACGUGGAUUCGCAGAUGGUGGCGUACUGGUGCAAGAUUUGACUCUCUGGACUGGGCAUUGCAAUGUAGCUGGUUUUGCCGGGGCUCCUUGACUUUUCGAGAAGCAUACCAGAGAACCGGCCGCAUCCUCAACGUCUCAUGUGUACCCUCUGAUCCACAUUCCCCGACGAUUUUGAACAACCACAUCACGAGCCCCGACUGCGUCAUAUGGUCAGCGGUGCUUGCCUCUGCGGCUGUUCCUGGCAUCCUCAACCCGAUCGUGCUCAUGCGGAAGACGAACGACGGCACACUAGUCCCGUACUCGUUUGGCAAUAAAUGGAAAGAUGGAAGUUUGCGUACAGAUAUUCCCUUGAAAGCGCUCAACAUCCACUUCAACGUCAAUUUCUCCGUUGUUUCUCAGGUCAACCCGCACAUCAAUUUGUUCUUCUUCUCACCUCGAGGCUCGCCAGGUGGGCCAGUGACACAUCGGAAGGGUCGAGGCUGGCGUGGAGGAUUCCUUGGCUCUACUAUUGAGACCUCAGUCAAGCUCGAUCUGCAAAAAUAUCUCAAGAUAUUGCGGCAUCUUGAAUUGCUGCCCCGGCCGAUGGGCCAGGAUUGGAGUGAGAUUUGGCUACAACGAUUUUCAGGCACGGUGACCAUCUGGCCCAAGACGGUGGCCAGCGAUUUCUGGAACAUCCUCAGCGACCCUAGCCCCCAGCGACUGGAUCGAAUGCUCAUUGUCGGUCAGCGCAGCUGCUGGCCGAAGAUUCGUUUUAUCUCCAAUCGCCUGAAGGUUGAAAGGGUCAUCUUGGAGGGCCUGCGAAUGGGAGGACCGAUUGAUGACGGCGUGCGUGCUCCAAACCCUGUUCUCGAGCAACAGGCGCAAGAGGCUCUCCUACGCGCCAGAAGGCGACCGGGCACCGAUGACAACACGUCGUCUACGGAAGAGAGACACCUGAAACCUAUGCUUUCACCAGGGCGGCGGCAAAGCAGCAUGCUCGAGGAACUCACACGACAGGCUUCCGUGCUAUGGCAUGACGAUGGGGUCACGGAAGGAGAGGAUGAUGCUGUGACGACAGAUGACGCUGAGGGUGAAGAUGGCUUGGUGCAGUCCCCUGCCGAGAUGACAAAAUGA